GUCAACACAUUGCACCACCAUGGUGUCCCACCUCAUGCCCUUCAUCUCAAGACAGGGGCAGUGUGUGCACUCAUGCGCAACCUGUCUAUGCAGAAAAAGCUAGUGAAGAAUGCCCAUGUGGUUGUGGAGGCUCUUAAUCAGUGUUUUGUGCAGGUGUGCAUCCUCAACAUGGACGGCCAACUGGGGAAUGAGCUACACUGUAUCCCCCACAUCCACUUCACCUUCAAGCCCCACUGUGCAAGCUGGACAGUCAUCCACAACCAGCUUCCACUCUGUCUGGCAUAUGCAACCACAUUCAACAGCUGCCAAGGGCUGACACUUGAUAGGUCAGUGUUGGAUUGUUGCACAGAUGUGUUUGCACAUGGCCAGCUAUACACAGCACUAACACAUGUA